UUAUUGUCUGCGGGUAUUACUUAACUUAAUAGCAGGGAUCCCAAGGUUGCAGGAUUAGUGCUGACACAAAUCGCGGACCCGACGAUCUUAAAUAUCUUCAAAUCGCUUAGCUGAGAAAAAGGAAGCUCCCUAUUAUUACUAAUAUUCUCGUACCUACAAAGAUCUUAGCCUAGUUAGUGAUUAUAGUUGCUCGAACCCCAACUCAUUCUCUCUCUCUAUUUACAUCAGCAAUUUACAUCAGCAUCAAUGAAGCGACUCUAUUCAACCAUUAUAGACCGCCUCGAUUGAUAUACUCAUAUAUCACGUAUAUCCCGUAUUUCUCUCAGAUGGUCCAUCAGUUGCCAACUAUGUUCACCACUUUCCUAGGUCCGUCUCCACGAUCUAGUGAAUCCGGUCCGAACUCCGCUUCUCCGAAUGGGUCUCAGCCUCCACGGCCCCGGCAGAAACGGAGUCAGGUAGCGCGCGCUUGUGAUUACUGUCGCGUACAUAGAAUCAAGUGCGAUAAUAAUCAUCCAUGCCUCAACUGUCAGACUAGAGGCGGUCAGUGCAGCAAUGACCGCACAAAUGGGGUCCGCACUCUCCCACACGCUUUCCGCGAGAUAGAGCGGCUUAAGCAACGCAACCAAGAACUUGAGAAGGAGCUCGAAGAGGAACGAAGCCGUAAUAGAAAUCAAGUCGUUACCCCGACCGGAACCUCUAGCUCUCAACUUCCAACUCCCCCAAAUAUCUCAUCUUCGUCAAGUAUCUCUAUCACAACCCCAUCGGGCCCUUCUUCAUAUGAUGCCGUAUCUUCCAGGAGAUACUGGGAAGGUAUCUAUACUAACACAGCCAGAUCCGCAUCAAAAACUUGGUACGGGCCUGCAUCAUUACUCUACUUCAUCAGUCGUCUGAAUGCCUUCUUGGCUUCAACAUUGCAGCAGCAUCUUCCCGAAAACUCAUUGCAACCAAACUCGGCUAGUAGACUGCUCGAUGGCCCUACGAGCCCUCCAGAUAAACAUACAAAUGAGCAUGAUCAAGUACCACCGGACGAUCCCAUUAAGGCUAAGGAGUACUUGACCGCUACGCAGGAAGAAUACUUCCUAGACUUAUAUUGGCAGUCGCAUCACACUUCUCUCCUCGUCCUCGAUGAAGAUGAUUUCAGGCGUCAUUAUAAAUCAUUAUGGGUCGGAUCAAGGAAAAAGCGCAAACCUUCAGCCCUUGUCGAUAUCGUUAUAGCCUUAUGCAUGCAGUAUGGCAUGGCACGAGGUCGGGGUAAUAAUAAUUCGGUAUUGGGGAAUGCCAAUAUCGAUACCGAUGAUGCGACGCUCGCCGGCCGUUGGCAUUAUUGCCGCUGUCAAAAUCUUCUAGCCUGCGAAUUGGAGAGUCCUACAAUAUCAACUUUGCAGUGCAACAUAUUAUCCGUGGUCUGGUUAUGUUGUGCUUCGUUUCAAAAUAUGGCGGAUAGUACCUUGGCCGUCACGGCACGCACAGCCCAGAUGCUCGGCCUCCAUCUACCGCCACCACAAAGUAUGCCCCGACGCGAGAGGGAGAUGCGAAAGCGCCUAUGGUGGUCGAUUUACGUCGCCGAGACCAAAACUAGCAUGAAGUUGGGCCGACCAUUUAUGCUCCACCUGUCGCAUGCGAGUUGUGGCCUGCCAGCCGACGACCACGAAGCCGCCGCGCAAUCAGGGUCAGGUUUCGCGCCUUUAGAUGAUGAUGUUACCUGGCUUAGCUGGAAUUUACACAACACCAAGCUUAUACUUGCUGCCCGCGACGUAUACACCGCUUUUUACGAUAAGUAUCCGGACUUUGUCGAGAGCGACGGUAGCCAAGCGAUUUAUGACGCGCCGGCGGCCAUGGAGACGUAUGCUGAGUUCCUUAUCAUGCGCAUGAGGGCAUUGGAGCAGUGGGUUAAGGAUGUGCCUGACGCAUUAAAGACCCAGCGUAAGAACCACGGAAUCCCCUUUUCAACGGACCUCUCGCCGGUAGAGAUCGAACAGUUCGCCCCGCUCUGGGUGCAACGCCAGCGUCUGCUAUUGGAAUUAUUAUACCACAAUCUCUGCACAAAUUUGUAUCGACCAUUUAUAUCCUUCAAGCGGUCCCCAUACUCAUUAGUAUCAUCUGAGUCUUCAUCGCUUGCAGAAUCUUGUGCUCGCAGAUGCGCUAGCCACGCUAUGGCGCUCACACAUAUCAUGCGGCAAAUAUUAUCAACAACAGAUAUACUUACUGGCUGGCAAGAAGCUUUCCAAUGGGAAUGGAAUGUCGCCAUGACUCUGGUCGGCUUUGUCCUGUCUCAUCCUCACGACGAACUAACACGAGCGGCGCGAGAAGCUAUAAGUGUUUCAGUUGAUGCUCUGGGCAUUUUUGGAAACAGCUUUUCCGUAGCCGCAAGUGCGGCCCAACUGAUACGUGAGCUUAGUGACAAAGCCGACCAUAUGAUUAUGCCACAGCCGAUCAAUGAAGGAAAUAGACUUAUAACUCAGGAGGGCCAGCCCAUUACCAUGAUGCCCCAGAACGAACAGGAAAGUACAGUCAUAGGUCAAACGGAUGUUGGAUUCCCUAUGUUUGAUGAGGACACUAUCAAUAUAAUGCAGGGUAUCCUAGCAGAGUCAAUGGACUUGGCUUUUGCUGUUGACGGUUACAACACUACGAAUGUUUUAUGGCCGAAUAUAGAUCCUACAGAAUAAUAAGCCGUAUAUGUAGA